AUGCUUCAGUUGGCUCUUGUGUCGGCUUUCACAGUUGCUGUGGUUUUGGGAACCAGUAAGUAUCAGUCAGCUGUUUUCUCUGCAGUAACCUUCAUUUUUGUUCAGAAGACCCGAGAUGCUUCCCACCAAUGAACGUCUUCUUGGAUCCAUCGUGUAUUCAGGAUACUACCAGUCACAAUCCAAAUUUCGAUUGUAGAGGAGGAUUUUUCGUGCAGUCUUCUGGAAUGUAAGUAUUUUGCAGCAUACGUUCCUUUAUCUCGACGUUUUUUCAGCUUCAUGGGAUGUGAGUCCGACCGUGAUUGUGCGAACAACGGUGAACCCAACGAGUGGUGCAAUUCGGAUCAAAAAGGAUAUCAGUGGACGUAAAAUUGAGUACUUUCAGCAAAAAUGUAAGUUUUCAUUUAAGAAUCGCCGGAUGCCACUGUGACCCGAAACUCAAGGCGUGUACCGUUCAACGUUUUGACAAACGCAUCAACGAAGUGGAAUGGGCCUACUGUACUCCCCAGCAGAGAUUCAAGUGCGAUCAAGACGACUAUUGCUCCCGUCCAAUUCCGUAA